AUGGAGGAGGAAGAUGCUCUUAACCUUGCGGAAGAGAUCAUGGCCUGUGGAAUACUCGAUUCAAGCCCACCCAGAAAGAACUCAACAAGGCCACUUCAGGAUGCAGUACCUGAUUCGGGCGAUGAUGGUUGGAACACAGACACAGAAAUGACUGGCCUUUUGCAGGCCAUAGAGAGCUGUGGGAUACUAGACGCAGGAAAUGUUAGUUUAGAAGAAAAUAAACGCCCACGAGGAAGACCUAAAAAGAAAGUGAUAAAAAAUGCAGCUCAUCGCAGAGCUACAAUUCAACGUGAAAAUGUUGAUGCAGAAUUAUCUGCUACUAGCCACAAGCCAAAAUCGAACAAACCCGUCAUCCGUGCUACAAUAAGCCCAGUCCCAGACGACAUGCCAGCCGAUACUGAUGCCGUCAAAGUCAGCAACAUUCAUGGAAAAAGUAGUGUAACAUAUGACGAAGCCCCAAAAGCCAAGAAGAAAGGGCGAGGACGUCCAAAAAAGCGCGUGGGAGGGAGAUCAGGAACGAAAUUUGUCAAUGUCAAAUUCGUAGCCAAUGGUGAUGUGCAUGAUAAUAGAACAGGGGAUAUCGAUUCGCCAGACAUAGGAGUUGAUGAUGAAGAGAACCGGAAAAAUCCUCUUGAAUCACACAUUAUUCAGUCGCUGUCACAGAACAUUGCCGAAAUCGCUUCACGUGUAAUGUCGCGACCAACUAUAUGGACCGAUGCCUGGAACCAUCUGUCCACCCUUCGAUCAAACAUGUGGAUUGAUUCAACAGUGGCAAACUUUUACCUUUCGCAUGUCUGGUAUGAUGGGUUAGCCAAAUUCCGCAUCAGAUAUCUGGAAAUGUAUUCAGCGAUGGCUACUAAAUUGUUAGACGUCGAGCUGGACAGCAUCAGGAGGUACCACUUCAUACCUCAAGAUGUCGCAUGUACCGUAGCUCCUGUGGGAUUUGUAGUCCAUCAUGGGGAUCAUUUCUUCACCGUCAUAUUUGACUAUGCACGACAUACAGCACACAUCCUUGGCCGCCAUAUUUCCAACGAUACAAUGCAUGUCGACAAGAUAAAUGCAGAUGGCUGGAAGGUAUGGGGAGGCCCUGGAUAUUGGAUACACAUUGCAGCAAUCCAUGGUUGGACGGCAGGAGAUCCUACAAAUGUCAUCAUCAGAGCGCUGGACUGGGAGCAAAAUGGAGUGGACUGUGGCCCCAUAGCGUGCUCCGUGCUGGAGCAAGUUAUGACAGCAGGGCUAGAUGAAGACGGGAAUGUACCCCAGAUACACAUAGAAUGCGGGCACCUACUGCGCAUGAAGAUAUUCCGCAUUGUUUCUGCGCAGAUUGUGAUCAGGUGCAGAGACUACAUGAUGCUCCUGGAUAAUGCUGAAGCACAGUGUAUGCUCGAUGAGAUGCCAGAUGAGGAUGUCAUCAAUGCGAUACAGCAUGGGCAACAUCCUACGGAAUGCCAAGGUCUGCUAGAAAGCUUGGCUGCUUCAAGUGCGACGUGCGAAGCAUGCAGACACCCCACAUUGAUUCAGAAGACCAGGGAUCACUUUCAAACCGAUGAAAAUAACCAUGGUGUCUUAUAUGAUGAUAUCAAUCAAUUCGAAAACGAGGGAAGAGCGGAGUCCAAUGAUGUACCACAGGAGUCAUAUCACACCACACAGACCAGUGACAUUUCACGCUCACAUAUGCAGAGCUAUAGAGAGAAAACUGGAAAGUCUUAUGCGAUACGUGCCACUAUCAGCCCUGUGCCAGAGGGUACCACUGCACCAGGAUCCAUGGUACAGAAGGAGGUCCGUGAGAGGUCCAAAAAUGUCGCUCGAAAGAAGGGUAAAGGACGUCCAAAAAAGCGUUCGGUACAUUCCCGUAUGGCAGGAAUAAAGAAGCUGGCACGUACCACACAAGCUGAGAGACAGGAGGAUAGCAAUGAAUUCGAGUACAUCGCACAUGAUAAUGAUUAUGAAUCUGGAGAUGAAGGAGAACCACAGUGCUAUGAUGAACACAACUCCUCGUGCGACAGGAGGGAUCACGAUGAAGAAUACCGCCCCACUCCCCCUCCAAAUAUGGAAGGGCAGAGAUCAAUCUCGCUUGAAAGAGUACCGACUGUGGAGAUCACGUACACUGCGGAGGAGAUUGCCUCCCGCGCAAUGGCACGACCAUCCCGUUGGGCUGCAGCUAUGGAGGCGUCCUCUACCAUGGCUGUAAAAUCAGAAUGCAUCGACAGCGCCGUAGCCAACUUCUACCUAUUAGGAGUAUGGUAUUCAAUACAAGGCCAAAACAGGAUAAGAUUUAUGGACAUGUUGGCGGCUGCGCCAACAAACCGCAAUGAGGAUGACAUGGAUAUCUUGAGGACCGACCAAUACAUACCCUGCGACGAGGAGUGUCCUAUGGUGCCAGUGGGAUUCAUCGUUAAUUAUGACGUCCAGUUCCUUGCUAUAGUAUUCGACUUCGAGGGACGCAGGGCGCACGUCCUUAAUUGCCACACCCCUGAUGAUGACAUGGAUGUGGAUGGUGGUGAAUGGAUCACAUGGAACGGGCCAGACUACUGGGACAGAAUCGCGACCAUACAUGGGUGGAAUCCAGGAGAUCUCGACGACGUUCAGGUGCUGUCUUACGAUGGGUAUCAAAGCGGAAUCGACUACAGUGCCACAGCGUGCUCAUUGAUGGAGAAGACAAUGAUCCAUGGACUUCCGGAUGGCUACUUGCCAAUAGAUCCAACAGAAACGCUCUGUUGUCAUACAAUGCGUAUCAAAAUCUUGCGCAUUGUAGCAGGACAAGUAAAGACUAGCUACGACGACUACAUGAUGCUCCGGGAGAGUCCACCAUCGUGUUGGCAAGACGAUCUACCACCAGAAGAAGAAAUUUUAUAUGCAGUGCGUACAGGAAAGUAUCAUGCUGAAUGUAGCUUGAUGCUCCGUACGCUGGCUGUCGUCAGUGCAACAUGCGCGAGAUGCAAACGACCUCCUGUAAUGGAACAAAGCGAUGAAAACACAGAGGACGCAGACGCACAUGAUGAGGAGACCUCGGAGCUUGGCAUAACAUUGACUCAGGAAAGGAAGGCGAGGCUCUCCCAGAUCUUGAAAGGCACAAAGGAGAUUUCUAUGGCACGAGAUCGCAACAGCAUAGUGCCACGGUACAAGAUGAUUCUCAACGGUCAUAUGCUGCAAUAA